CUUUCUCUUUGGAAUUUUUUCUGGUUUGAUAUGCCACUUCUAUACUUUGGUAGCACUGUAAUAGAAAGCCAUUGGCCAAGAAGUAAGAGUGCAAGAAGCAGAUCAUGCAGGACUUAAAGCUGAACGAGUAUAAGAUCCUAAGAAAGAUAUUAAGCAUUGACAACUUCAAAGGAGAAAAUCAUAAUUCAUCAGGGUUUAAUCAAGCAUCCACUAACACAACAAGAAGCUUCAAUCAUCACACCAAAAAGAUCUUUGUUGGUUCCUGGAAUAUUGGAGGCGUUGCACCACCCAAGAAUUUAGACAUGGAAGACUGGCUUGACACACAAAAUAAUUCUGCAGAUAUUUAUGUUCUGGGGUUCCAAGAAAUAGUACCUCUAAAUGCAGCAAAUGUAUUAGGUCCACAAAACAGAAAAAAUUCCAUGAAAUGGAAUUCUCUUAUUGAGCAAGCCCUUAACAAUAGAAUACCAAUAAAGGUGGUUGAAGAAGAUAAAAUAGCAGAACGUCAGAAGAUAUAUCCUUUGAAGGAACAAAUUUGUGCAGCGAGUGAACAUGGGCAAGAUUUCCAAUGCAUAAUAAGUAGGCAAAUGGUGGGAAUGUUCAUUACUAUUUGGGUUCAAUGUGAUCUCUAUCAAUCUAUCCGGCACCUGAGUGUCUCAUCUGUUGGCUGUGGAAUCAUGGGUUGCUUGGGAAACAAGGGUUCAAUAUCAAUUAGAUUUUGCUUGCAUGAAACAAGCUUCUGCUUUAUAUGUAGUCAUCUAGCUUCUGGUGGGAAAGAAGUCGACCGAAGACAGAGAAACGUUAAUGCAACAAAUAUUUUGUCCCGGACAAGCUUCCCUUCUGGUCCUGUGCUUGAUAUGCCUCAAAAAAUUAUUGACCAUGACCGAGUAGUCUGGCUAGGUGACUUGAACUACAGGAUCUGUAUGCCAGACUCUGCAACACAAUCAUUGAUCAAGAGAAGAGAGUGGGAAACCUUGUUGAAACAUGACCAGCUCAAGUUGGAGCUCACGGAGGGCCAUGUUUUCCAAGGUUGGUAUGAAGGAGCUAUAGACUUUCCACCUACAUACAAAUACUGCCCGAAUUCUAAAGAUUAUCUAGGUUGUGAUCAGCAGCACAUGAACAAAAAGAGGCGCGCCCCAGCUUGGUGUGAUCGAAUAAUAUGGUUUGGGAAGGGUAUGAAGCAAACCCAGUACAACAGGAGUGAGUCAAAACUUUCUGAUCAUAGGCCUAUACGAGCAAUGUUCACAACUGACAUCAAGGUGGCAAGAAAUUGUAGAUGAUUAAAAAAUGUUACAACAGGCAUUUCCUCCAAGAGAGAUUUGAAUUCUCUUGGUAGCAUUCUGGAAUGAAGUUAGGAUUUUAGAAAGGCAUGCAUAUGGUGGCUGAAUUCUUAGCGAGAUGUGAGUAGUUUGUCAAUCAAUAUAACCAUUUAUGAUUUAUUGUUUUUCUUCUGAAGGGGGAGGAAGCAUUCUACUCAAUGUAAUCUGGUUAUGCAAAGAAAAGACAU